AUGAUCAUUCUCCUUUUUUUAUAUUCUUUCAGUCCAACUUAUCCACAACAAGGUAAAAAAAUGUAUUUCAAUAUGGCAAAUAAAAUUCAAAUAAUACCGCACAAUCGUCAGGGACAACUGAAUACUACAUUUCUCGCAACCGUGCCUGGUGUGUUAAAAAUCGCCGAAAUUGCUCUGGCAUUCAUUUCAUUUAUUUUGGCAAUUUGUUCCGACCGUAAAGUCACAACAGCUGCAUGGACUGAGCAUAUAUCCUUUCAAGCAACAAUAAUCAUUAGUGCAUUAUUACUUGGCUAUGUAUGCUUUCCACAUUUGACGAUUAAAGACGAACAAACACGUGAAGGACUUAUUGUUGUCGAAUUAAUAUAUUACUUAAUUAAUACAAUGCUAUUCUUCAUAGCUAUUUGGCUUAUGCUACACCUCUCUGUUAGUUGGAAUAUAUAUGGGCGAGGUUCAGCUAUUAUAGAUUCGAUUAUAUGCGCUGCAUUAACGAUUCUAUUUGGAAUUGAAACAGUGAUUAAGUACCGUGCGUGGCGUUACGAGAAUACUCCAAUAUCCAAAAUCAUUCAAGGAGACAUCAAUUCAGACUCUGCACGAAAAUACGACAACGUGCAUGAACUACGAAGAGAUGAAGGUCCAGAAAUCGCGUGA